UCCCAACCUCUGUCAACAACCGGUGCAGAAGUAGCUCUCCCAGUUCAGCCGCAAAUGUCCUAUCUAACUACCUACUAAUGUCACAUAUACAGACUAGUCCGUUUCUUCUUCUUCUUCGGUGCUUUGGCUAUGGAAAGACGGUGUGCUGUUGAGACUUGGGCAGAGUUUGGCUUCUCAGGAGCAUCAUGCACACCGAGGCUCAGGUCUGGUUUUGGUACAGAUGUGUUCCUCUGCACUGGCAACGACGAGGUCUAUGUCUUCAGUUCUCAGGAGAGAAAACUCACGGCUGUCAUCGAGUGUCCUGAUCCUGUGACUGACCUGGUUGAGAGUCAUGACAAGCAGUUCCUCUAUGUAGCCUGUAGAAGCGGAGUUUAUUGUGUCAGUUCACAAUUUCUGACAUCCAGGGCUAAAAGCUCCCCAGCUGAUGCAUCCUCCAGUCCAGCUGUACUGAAAAUGUCCAAUGAGUUUCUUGCGGUUGCAGGAGAAGGAGUGUUAUCGCUGCUCCUCGUCGGCUCUGUACUCCUGACUCUUUCUCAGAGAGACAGGUCCUGGAUUUUGACUUUGUACAGAUCCUCAAACUACGAGAUGCUCAGUUCAUUCAGUCUACCACAUGUCUCAGGAGUUGAGGCAAAGACAAGAAUAGGAAGGUGCCCUCUGCUGGUUUGUGUCCAUUCUAGUGCUGCAGCACCAAUAUCUUCCCCCUCCGGUUCUUCACUGGAGGCCACUGUAAGUGGCGGUCACUUAUGCCUCGAGCCGGUCCUCUUCAAACUUCUGUUUGGGAUUGACGCCGCCCUCGCCAAGUCACCAGUCAUCCUAUGUGGUCUGCCGGAUGGGCGCCUGUGUUUUCUUCCUCUGCGUCCCCCAGGAUCCCGGCUCAGAGUCCUUCACAGCCUUGAGCAGCCAAUCGUAUUCUUUGGAGCAUCUGGUGUCAUGGAAACUGGUCCAGGACACGCACAGUGUUUGGUGGCAGUGGGUGAACAUGGGAGAGUGGUGCUGAUACAAUCAGACAAGGGAGGGUCAGAGGGAGGAGGCAACAGGACUGUUUUUAUUGAGGUGUGUGUACCGGGGCCUGUGAUGUGUGGCUGUGUGGAUAAAAAGCGUCUUUACUACAGCACCGGCUCAGACCUGCUGGUACUGGAUCUAUCAUCUGAGAAAGAAGGCCAUGGAAAGGAUGUAGAGACACCCAGAACGCCAGACGCUGCCCUCCAAAGCCCCACUAGUUUAAACGUGUGUAGAGUGGUCGCCUUGGCUGAACCUUCAUGCAACACUGCAGGGGGAGUUCAGCUGCUGGGACUGACUGUUAGAGGGCAGCUCCAGAGGAUUACCUUACCUGUGGGAAGAGAGGAUGCAAGUUUGCCCAAGGUGCCUUCCACGGAGGGGGGUGGCAGCGUCAGGGACCUCCUGUCUGCUAUCGGGGACGUCUGUGAAAGAGCGUCAGUGCUCAAAACUGCCAUCAAAUCCAAAAACCAAUUACUGAGGCACCUGAAUCAGUUGCUCAACAUCAGCUUCCUGCUGAUUGCCAGCACAAAUACUGAAGAGCAUCUUCCCGUCCAGGAGAAGCCGAUCAGAUGUCACGCCAUCGCCAGCUGGAGCAGAUUACUUCAAAAAGACUCCCUGAACCUGACAUGCGUCCUGGAUAAUUCAAGUCCUUAUGUGUUGGAACGAGGAUGGACGCUGAGCAUCGCUGUAUUUCCUUUGUCAUGUCCUCCCAGUGCAGGAGGGGAGAGCUCCUCCACAAAUUUUUCAUUCCCGUUCCACAAUCUCCAUCCAGGUGAGACGUUAGAAGUAACGCUGCCCCUAGCAGUUGCCGGUGAAACAUCCUUCCCCGUGACAGUGAGCUGCUCGCUCAUCUUCUCACUCACCGGUCUCCUGGGUGAGGAGGCCGCAAACCUUCCUGGUCUGCAGAGUAGUUGUGUCAGUUUGCCCUUGAACACACUGACAGUGGAUUGGCUGCACGCCCUGCAGGUAACCAGUCCCAUCGGUACGCAUAGAAAGGCCUCAUCUCAGUCCAACAACACCACAGAUACAAUCCAAGCUUUUUUAAGAUCACGCCGGAUUGGCUGCAGUGGAAGAGGAGAGGGAGGAGAGACUGAGCGAGAGCAGCAUUCAGCAAGUGUUCGAGUGUCGUCAGAGUUGCUGAGGGACACAUUAUUGUUGAAAAGCUCAGAUUUGGACGCUCAGGGGCGCUCAGACUUUGCUCCUCAAAAUGUGGGCCUUUCUCUGUUGGAAUGGCUGUUGUCUGAAGGUCCUGCAGGCGUCACAGCGGGACGCAAGAUUGCACUGAGCGGCUCAGUGGUCCACGCGCUAGAUCCAAACGGACACGCAGUCAAACUGACCGCGAAAGAGGUAAAUGUAGGGGAGGAGAGCACGGGGAAGGAGGAGUCCCUGACCGCAUUGGAGGUUCAGGUUGAGAGCUCAUCUAUAGCAGCAGUGUGUGGACUGCAUCAUGCUGUGCUGCGCCGGAUACAGGCUCUGCUGCAGUCGGCUCCUGAGAGGGCUGCUUCUACAAAGAGGAUCCAGAGUUUAGGUUUAAGACAGGCUCUGCAGCGGGCCGAGCGCCUUUUGCAGCAGAUCCAGCAAAGUCGAAUCUCAGGGGCCUUCGGUGUGGGCGUGUCCACGGGGCAGAUGACCCAAUCACUUCUCAGCGUUUACAAAGAACUCAGAGAAAACCCUCUCCUUAUAAUUUAACACCUUUUUUUCUGCUGAGCCCACGCAGCUGCCCUCGACCUAUUCCAAUGUUAUGUUAACUGUCUUUGCAGCUGAUGCAUGAGAAAUAAUGUCCAUCACCCAAGUCUUUUGCUUCAACUCAACCUCACUGUACAAACCAGGAUAUUCAACUCAAGGUGACUGUAGAGCUCAGGUGGAAUAAAAAUAUCUGCAAUUACGGUCUAAAUGGGUAAACUUUGUCACGCAGCCGGUUGAAGGUCGCAGUUUCAGAAUAUAUAUAAGUGUCAGACAUGUAGGUGUAACAUUGACACAUGACAUGACGUCUUGUAUAAUAGCUGUUUUUGAACAAUUGCACACAUUUCCAAGAAGUUUUGUAGAUUGCAGGGGUUUGAUGAUGUAAUGCUGAUGGCCAAAAAGAAUUAAAAAAGUAAGUCAAUUAAUUUGACAA